AUGGCAGACUUGGGAAAGAAAAAGAAGCACAAGAAGAAGAGGAAGAGGAGGGUGGGCAAGGAAGGCGAUCAAGGGUCUGCCGGGGUGGCAGUACCCAAGGGCCCACCCAAGAGGGGCCAGCAGGUGAGCUUGAACUGGGCCAACCUGAAGAGAGCCUUGGAUGCAGAGAAGGCGGAGAGGCUGAGUAGUCCGGCUGCCCUUGACGAUCGAAGCAAGAGGAGGCGUUUGAUGGCCCCUGGCAAGGCAAAGGGCGACACAGCAGCAGCACUGUUGUGGGAAGAGACGCUGGGCGCGGCAAGGGGGGUGGUGGCUCUGGACUGUGAGAUGGUGACUGCGAUGGGCAGCGACAGGGUCGUGAAGGAGGUCGCGGCAUGGGUGGGGGUUGUGGACAACAAGGGGGACGUGUUGCUGGACUCGUUUGCCAGGCCAGAGGGCAGGGUGGUGGACUUCAGGACCCCUUACAGUGGUGUACGGCCCCACAACUUGAAGAACGCCCCUCUGUUGGAGACAGUGCAAAAGAAGGUGCAACAGCUCAUCCAGGGCCGCCUGGUUGUGGGCCAUGCAGUAAGUAACGACUUUCGGGCACUGGGCUUCGACCACCCAAGAGAGGAUGUCAGGGACACUUCUCGGUAUCGUCCAUUGAUGAGGUCCGCUGGAGGCAUCUUUGAGACUGUGUCGCUCAAGAAGCUUGCCCUUUCAGAGCUCGGGAUGUCCAUCCAGGAAGGUGAGCACAACCCCGUGGAGGAUGCGCGAGCAGCACUGUACUUGUACCACAAGCACAGGGAUGCUUGGGAGCAAGAGCUGGCAGUGAAGAAGGCGAAGAUGGCCGGUUAG